AUGACGAUUUCUAGUGGUGUCAACGGCCAUACUAAUGGCACUGACCCGAAGAAUGGCAAAGUCUCUACUUUGAACACACCACCCAUCUCAUCGACUUUGGCUGACCUCUUUAACGACAAUAUUACUGCCAAAAUUCUUUAUGCUGCAGAAAGCGGAUUAAUAAACAAUAACCCACCAAUCGCGUAUCCCGAGUAUGUACCUCAAACUGGGCCAGACACUGGCAAAUAUGUCCUUCGAGAAAAGCUCUUUUGGACAUGCGGUUUCUUCCCAGGUUCCAUAUACUCUUUGAUUGAGCGUAUGAUCAAGUUUCCACAAGUGUCACCCGGCAGUUCCAAAAAGCAGCAGCUUCUAAAGCAAUUACUCAAAGUCGGACGAGCUUGGUCUGACCCGCUUCACGUCUACGCCAGACGAGAAGACACUCACGACAUGUCUUUCAUGAUCCAACCGUCGAUGAGAGUACGCUGGGAGGUUCUACAUGACUUCGAAGCUCUACAGUCAAUCACAACGGCUGCACAAUCACUUUACUCCAGAUACAAUUCCAAUGUCGGCGCUAUUCGAUCUUGGGAUAUCCUGUCUCAAGACGGUGUCGAUAUUUCAAGCAUGACUGAAGACUUUCUGGUCAUCAUCGACUCGAUGUGCAAUCUCGAUUUACUGUACUACGCAGCAGCACAGACUGGCCAGACAGAGAUGGCUGAAGCAGCGACAACCCACGCCAAAGCCUUGAUCAAAGCCCUUUUCCGAAAUGAAACCGACGACUCUGUCGGCAGAACUAUGUACAGUACCUUUCAUGUUGUCAACUUUGACCCCAACAACGGAUCUAUCAAAGAGAAGAGGACUGGUCAAGGGUACUCCGCAAACUCAACCUGGGCCCGUGGACAAGCCUGGGGCAUCCUCGGAUACUCGCAGACCUACAAUUGGACCAAAGAUCCCCAGUUCCUCGAUGCAGCCAUGGGACUCGCUGAAUACUUUAUAUUCAGACUCCUCAAGUCUCCCGACUGCGUUGAGGUACCUAUACCCGGAGAGAGCCGCACCAAGGGCCGCUACGUACCACUGUGGGAUUUCGAUGCACCCAUAGAUACCUCUGCUCCGUUGCGAGACUCAUCUGCGGGUAUCAUUGCGGCGAACGGUAUGUUGGUACUUUCGCAAGCCCUGGCCGGCAAUAAGUCGCAUGACCUCAGUGAGAGAUAUCAAUCGAUGGCCAUUCAGAUCGCCAAGGACACGCUUGAAUUUUCUUUAGCACGGGAAAGGUCCAAGGUCGCAUUGAAGGCUGACGGGACAUUUGAAGUUCAGGACCUGGAGCCCAACAGCCAUUUUGAAGCUAUCCUGAAGAACGCCACAGCCAAUCACAAUGCGAAGGACUACAAGAGAUAUUGGGACCAUGGGCUCGUGUAUGCCGAUUAUUACACCAUUGAAUUUGGAAACAGGUUGCUGAAGAUGGGACUUGUGUAA